UUAGCGAUAGCAUCGUGUUGCUCCACGUGUUUUUUUAUAUUUUUAAUAACAUAUAUAUUAAAAAAUAACGCACGUUUUGUUUGAUCGUGCGAUGUUUUAUUGUUGUGAUUUUUGUAUAUUUGAAAAAAUUAUUAAGUGAUUUCAAAAUGGUGCUGUAUAAUUUUAAGAAGAUUGCGGUUGUCCCAACUGCAAAGGACUUUAUUGAUAUAAUUUUAUCAAAAACACAACGUAAAACUCCAACAGUUAUUCAUAAAAAUUAUAAGAUCACAAGAAUACGUGCAUUCUAUACACGUAAAGUUAAAUUCACUCAACAGAAUUUUCAUGACAGAUUAUCACAAAUAAUUCAAGAUUUUCCUAAGCUCGAUGAUGUCCAUCCAUUUUAUGCCGACUUAAUGAAUAUCUUGUAUGAUAAGGAUCAUUACAAAUUAGCUCUUGGACAAAUCAAUACUGCUCGCCACUUGAUAGAUAACGUUGCAAAAGAUUAUGUUCGUUUGUUGAAAUAUGGUGAUUCGUUGUAUCGAUGCAAACAAUUAAAGAAAGCCGCAUUAGGUCGUAUGGCCACUAUUAUGAAGAGGCAAGCUUCCAAUUUGACAUAUCUUGAACAAGUUCGACAACAUUUAGCUAGGUUGCCAAGUAUAGAUCCUUAUACGCGCACAAUUAUUAUUUGUGGAUUUCCAAACGUUGGUAAAAGUAGUUUUAUCAAUAAAAUUACGCGUGCCGAUGUAGAUGUUCAACCGUACGCAUUUACAACUAAAUCGCUAUACGUGGGCCAUACGGAUUACAAAUACUUACGUUGGCAAGUGAUAGACACACCUGGUAUAUUGGAUCAUCCGUUAGAGCAGAGAAAUGUAAUAGAAAUGCAAGCAGUUACGGCUCUUGCUCAUUUGCGCGCAGCUGUGCUUUAUUUUUUUGAUAUAUCCGAACAAUGUGGACAUUCGUUGGAAGAACAGGCUAAAUUAUUUGAAUCUAUCAAGCCUUUGUUUGCCAAUAAGCCAUUGUUAAUCGUAAUGAACAAAGUUGAUGUGACACGUUUGGAUGAACUUCCUAAUGAAAAACGCGAGAUCUUGAAACCAUUAGAAGCGGAUACAAAUGUGCCAAUAUUAGAAAUGAGUACCUUAACAGAUUUUGGUGUUAUAGAUGUAAAAAACCAAGCGUGUGACCGUUUACUGGCUUUCAGAGUCGAUCAAAAGAUCAAAACUAAGAAGGUUGAAGGUAUAUUAAAUCGAUUACAUGUUGCUCAACCAGUACCAAGGGAUCAAAAAAUUCGAGCACCAUGUAUUCCAGAAAGUGUUUUGCUUAAGAAACAAGCUAUAGCCAAUAAAAUGGAACGACAACGAAAAUUGGAAAGAGAAAUAGAGGAAGAGAUGGGUGAUGAUUAUGUACUUGAUUUAAAGAAGAAUUAUGACAUAGAAGGAGAUCAGAAAUAUGAUAUUAUACCAGAAAUCUGGGAAGGGCAUAACAUAGCAGAUUACAUUGAUCCAGAAAUAUUCGAGAAAUUAAAUGAAUUAGAACGGGAAGAACAGUUAAAAGAAGAAUCUGGUAUGUACGAUUACAAAUUACCAGAAUUGACGGAAACUAUGCAGGAGAUCGUAGCAUUAGCUAAAAAGAUUCGUGAGAAGAAGAUAAUUAUGAAGGAGGAAGCUAGAAUACAAAAGGCAUCUACGAAACCUGUUAUGCCACGAACAGCUGCAGCUAAAGUACGAGGAAGAUCGGUCUCCAAAUUGAAAGAACAGAUGGAAGAUCUUGGUAUUGAUAUGGAAGAUACUGAAAAUGCACACUUUACAAAAAAGAGGAGUAGAUCUAGAUCACGUUCAAUGACAGCCAAUAAGAGAAUACGAACGGAAUCAGUAUCGCGGUCACGAGCGCGUAGUGAAAUGGGCGUUAGAGAUCCUGAAAUGCAAACCAAGCUAAAGAACAUAGCACACAAGGCAUUGAAGAAGAAGGUCGCAAAGAAAGGUCUCAAGGGAGAAGCGGACAGAUUUAUUGGCACAAAAAUGCCCAGACAUUUGUUCUCUGGCAAAAGAGGAGUUGGUAAGACCGAUAGGAGGUAAACAAAUUCAUCCUGAAAUUUUAACUAUUGUUUUGUCUAAAGAAAUUAACGAAUAUGGUUUUCCAAUUAUAUAUUUCAUAAUAGAAUUAAAUGAAUUGUUAAAAAUAUGCUUGCGCAUAUUGUAAUAAAAAUAAAGAUAAGAUUUCUUUUUUUUUUUUAAAUUUUUGUUCUUUAGAAUUUCUUCAGAAUUUUUCAUUUUUAUCUAUCCAAUUAUAUAUUAUUCCAUAAUGAGCUCACCAAUUUGCAUUUGCCACUAACUACAUGAUUAAUUAAACAUUUUUGUUAUAUUAUCAAGACAUUGGAAAAGAUAUGUUUGAUAUAUUAGCGUUUAUAUAAAUCACGGAAAGUCUAGUGAACAACAGUAACAUACACGCAUAAUCAUAGAUAAUACCUUUUGCUCGCAAUUUAUUGAAACAUUUAAUGUAAAAUUCUAAAAGACGAACAAGAAUGGUUAGUUGCAUAAUGCGAAGGUAACCUUCGAACUCGAGCAGAUGAAACGUCGUUACGCCCAAGGAAAGUUUAUUGCUGUCGUGUCGUGAUAACCCCGAAGUGCUGCUCUCCAGAGAUUUUAACUUUAUUCAUGGAAUCUAUAGUCCUUAACGUUGACACUAAUAUCAACGUUCGAGAGUAUUGUGCAAUUCAAAAGUCAAAGUGUAUGUGAAUAAAUAAUCGGAACAGUAUUUACACAUACACGUACACGUAUAUAUGUAUAUGUACAAUGCGUAUGUAUAUACAUAUAUAAAGCUAUUCAUAAUUUUACAUGUACAACAUAUUUUAUCUAACACACAGGGUAGCUAUAGAAGAAGCAUAUUUUCUUUUUCAUUAUAACAUAGGAAGUGUCGACCUUAUAUAAAUAAUGAUACGCAGAUCAUUAGAAAUAAAAAGAAAAAUAGAAUGACGAGCAAAAAGGGAAAAUGCAACAAUAAAAAAAAAUUGUCCGCUUUUUUAUUGAAAAUUCAUCGAUCAGCAUAUACUUAAGAUUUUUCUAUUAAUUAGAAUAGUAAUAAUUUAUGUAAAUGUUCGUACUCUCUUAUAUUUUAUUACGAAUAAAUGAAGGGGAGAAUGGAGGGUAAUAACAGA